GUGACCUCCGAGUGCCGAAAACGUUGAAUGAGGCCAUGCGGUCUCAACAUUCAGAGUUGGGACGAUGCAGUCGGUCGAGAGUUUUUCGGUUUGUUGGAUGCAGGAACUUUUAGUCCGGUGGAGCAACCAGUAGAGAACGCCAUCAAUGCCAAGUGGGUCUUUAACUGUAAGGCAGACGAGUACGGGUGGCCGACGAAAUUCAAGGCAAGACUUGUAGCGCGGGGGGACAUGCAGAGGGCUUCGAUUGAUUUUGGAGAAUUGUUUGCACCCACCGUAUCAGUGUCUAGUGUGCGCUUGUUGGCAGCAUUAACAUGCGAGCAGAAUCUUGACUUGUGCCAUUUCGAUAUUCAGCAGGCUUUUGUGCAGUCUGAGCUUGAUGAGGAUGUUUCCAUGCGCUUACCGCAGGGGUGGUAGGUUAUCUGGCCUGAUCGUGAAGCUGUGCAAGAGUCUGUAUGGUUUGAAGCAGGCAUCACGACAUUGGCAUGCGCACCUGACGAGGUGUUUGUUACUUUUAGGUUUUUUGCAGUGUCUGGCGGAUGCAUGCGUUUCGAUUGAUGGAGGAGGGACAUGUGAUCAUGAUCAUCGUGGUCCACGU